CAAAAGCUAAGAGAGAGAAGAAAAAAAAUAAAAGAAAACUACUAAUAAAGGAGAUUGUGGAUGCUUAGCUCAAACUGGCCUCGUCUAUGCUGUAUUGGGCAGUCAGGUUUAUAGAAGAUAUUCUAACUUAAGCUAACCUCUCCUCUCCCUUGCCUUCCUAGCUAUACUACCUUUUAGCUAACUCACAACUCUCCUAGGUUUUCUUUUUCUUUUAUUACUCAUUUAUUUGUUCCACCUUUAUAUAUAAAGAGAAAAAGAGAUAAAAGAGACAGUUUUAGCUCUCUCUCUCUGUCUCUCUCUCUCUGAGUUCUCUGGUUUUUUUCUUCUUCUUUUUGAUUACUUCUAAGAGAAGAUGGUGAUCGUGAAUUUUUAAGUUGUUCUCUUUUGAAGGAUACAUAUUAAGUUUCAUCAAGAUUAUAAGUAGGGGAAGUUGUGAAAAGAGAGGCGGGAAAAUGUGGGAUCUUAAUGACUCUCCUUAUCAGCAACCUAGAGACGAUGAAUCCGAGGGGUGUUCAUCACAGAAAACUUCUGUAGAUGGAGAUGAAGAUAAGGGUAAACGGGUCGGAUCCGUUUCGAAUUCAAGCUCGUCAGCUGUGGUGGUGGAGGAUGGAUCGGAAGAAGAAGAGGGAGAGAGGGUUAAAGCAGCUUUAAAGAAGCGAAGCAACAAGAUGAUUUUUGGGUUCCCGGUGCCUGGUGAAGAAGUUUUCACGGAGAACAGUGAUCCGGCUCCAGUGACCCGUCAGUUUUUCCCGCUGGAUCAAGACCCGGAAAUGGGCGCCAACUGUGUCGGAAGUGGACCAGGGUUCCCUCGUGCUCACUGGGUUGGUGUCAAAUUCUGUCAAUCGGAGCCACUCCCCCAUGCUAAAUCUGUUGAAGUUUCUCAGCCCAUGAAGAAAAGCAGGAGAGGACCCAGGUCAAGAAGCUCUCAAUAUAGAGGAGUUACCUUUUAUAGAAGAACUGGCAGAUGGGAGUCUCAUAUCUGGGAUUGUGGAAAGCAAGUUUACUUAGGUGGAUUCGACACAGCACAUGCAGCUGCUCGUGCAUACGAUAGGGCAGCAAUCAAGUUCCGGGGAGUUGAAGCCGACAUAAAUUUUAGUAUUGAAGAUUAUGAAGAUGACUUGAAGCAGCAGAUGUGUAACCUAACCAAGGAAGAAUUUGUGCACGUACUUCGCCGACAAAGCACCGGAUUUCCUCGAGGAAGCUCCAAAUAUAGAGGAGUCACCUUACACAAAUGUGGCCGAUGGGAAGCUAGAAUGGGCCAAUUAUUAGGCAAAAAGUACGUUUAUUUAGGCUUGUUUGACACAGAGAUUGAAGCUGCGAGGGCUUAUGACAGAGCAGCAAUUAAGUGCAAUGGUAAAGAUGCUGUCACUAACUUUGAUCCCAGGAUAUACGACAAUGAGCUUAACUGUGGAGAAACUUCGGGUAAUGCUGGAGAUCACAACCUUGAUUUGAGCUUAGGGAGUUCAACCUCGAAGCAAACGAAUCUGGAGUUAGGUGGUGAUAGGCAAAUUGCUAUGAGCGAUCAGCACAGUCUGCCGCCUGAAGCUGAUUGGCAAUAUAGGGAAUUUAGGUCUAAGGUAAAUCUGCAGCAGGAGCCUUGUAGAAGCGAUGGUGCUACUCAUGGAAGAUCGGAUGGAUAUAGUGAGGCAGAAACAAUGCAGUUGUUGAGCCAAACUCAUAUCCAAUCUCCAGCAUCGAUUAAGUCUAAUGAAAUGCAAAGAUAUGGACAGUUCAGGAGACCUGGAGAUAACAAUGUGUUUCACAUUCCUCCAUCAUCUUAUCAGAUUCAUUUUCCAAGCAGCAGCAGUGGAGGCCGAAUAGGGAGCGAUCUUUUGCUAUCCAUUAGUGAACAACAAUGGCAGUCAAGUCCUCACCAAAUGUUUGGAAAUUCUGCAGCAUCAUCAGGAUUCCCAUCGCAGAUUAGACCUUCUUCUCAAACUUGGCUGCAGAAAAAUGGGUUCCACUCACUCAUGAGACCCUCCUAACCCAAAAAGUAGCCAUAAAAAUGUCUCCGCUAAUUAAAAUAUAUAUUUCUUUUUUCUCCUUGUUGGCUUUGUAUGUAUGUAAAAGAUCAAUGCUUCAAGAUGCUCAUAUUUAAAAUCCCCCUCUUUUCCCUCUACAACUUUCUCGGAAAAUCAUUGGAAGAAGAGGGAAACUUCUGACUCUCUUGGAGUUGUUGGGCAUCGGUCAAACUAACAAACUGACGAAAAACGUUGAACUAUAUAAAUUCCGGGUUCUGACUGAAACUGCUAAUCUUUUUCUGUCGUCUUUAAUUCAAGUUAUUGGCCGCUCUAUACGGUUGUCUUCAUUGUUGUACCCCACUUCCACUUGCUAUAAAAAAUUAAAGUAGUAUUUGAGUUUGCCA